AUGAAACUGCACAGAAUUUUCCUGCCUAUCCUGCAGUUGAUUUUCGUUAUCCUGCCCAUCAGCAGCACAUCCACCUCGACCAGCACCACCGCCCAUAUCAGUUUAUUAAAAGCGCGCAUUCUCUCGCAGCUGGGUCUCCGCGAUCCAUCCGCGUACAGUCGCUACGACAUUGUCUGGCCAGCCCUCACCCCCUCUUCAUCCUCCCGAUCCCCCCGCUCCCCAUCAUCACCCCCGGGCAGUCCGCUUCUGUUGGGUAUGGAGCUGUUCGGCCGCGGGAUGUCGGUGUACCUGGACAGGAAGAACCUGACCAGUCCGGGCUUCCAGACGGUGCUGCUGUCCGCGGCGGGAGUGCCGUAUCUCGUGCAGAGUGCGCCGCACGGACGACAGUGUCAUUAUCGGGGACGGGCGGAGAUCUGUGUGGCCGGAGUGUGUCAGGAGGGCGGAUUGAGCGGCUACGUGAAGAUCGACGGAGACGAUGUGCAGAUUAAACCGCUGCCUGCGGCUGUCUCAAAUCGCUUGAGAGAGGCCACCGGUGCUCAUUUAGCCAAACGGUUGGAGCCUCUGGAGCACUGGGACGAGUUGCGGGAGUUGAAUGUGGACAUGAUCGACGGCAACACCCUGCAAGUGCCUCCUUUGCUGUCCCGCUCCUCUCUAGUCCAGGAGAUCCGCCAACGCUACGGCUUCCUCCACGACCACGAACUGGUCGUGCCGCCCGACGUCCUCGCCAUCUCCGACGACGUGGCCACCGCCGACGGGGGCCGCCUGCAGCUGGCCAUUGCGGUGUUUGUUGACCAGACGAUGGCCGGUCUGCUGCAGCAGCAGUACACCACGCUCGAUGAACAGACCAACGCCGUUCUGGCCGCGCUCAACGCCGUGCAGGUGCUCUUCGACGACGACAGCUUCGGCCAGCCCAAACUCAGGAUUGUCGUCAAGCGGAUCAUUAUUGAUCAGACUGGCAAGACGUUUAAAGGUGACGGUGAAGCGGAACAGUAUUUAUUGGACUUUUGCCAGUAUCAGGAUCAGUUGGGCAGCGCCGUGGGCGGCACCGACUGGGACGUGACGGUGGCGCUGACCGGGCUGGACAUCUACGGCGUCCUGGACGACGUGCGCAAGGACCAGAUGUACGCCGGCAUACAGUUCCCCGAUAAUCGCGUCUACGGCGUCACCGGCUUGACAUUUACGGGCGGAGCGUGUCGGGCGCAUCGCAACUGUGUCGUCGCUGAAUUCCGCAAAGAGAUGGAGAACGUGGAUACGAUCGCGCAUGAGCUGGGUCACGCGUUGGGCAUGAGCCACGACGGGAGCAGCAACACGUGCAGCAGCUACAGCGGCAACAUCAUGUCCUUGAGUAGCGCCAAGCAGCGCCUCGGCUGGUCCGCCUGCAGCGUCAAGAGCUUCCACGACUUCCUCACCAACGGCAAAGGUCACUGUCUCCAUGCCCACAGUGAUGAACCGGAAGUGGCUGCGUUGACGAAUGGAUGAGCGGCAUAAACUGUGUUUUACUGUUUGUUCUCAUUUUAAAUAUUUUUCCCGGUUGGGCUACUGUUUUUCUAGUCUGAUACUUUUUUCCAGUAUUUCUUUUCCGGUGCAUUUAGCGGACGGUGAGUUGAUCUGAACCUGUGAUACAGUAGUACGAGUAAUUAAUUUAUUGAUCGUUCAAGUAUACGACGUUUUGCUUUACUCAUUUUCUCUGUGAUUCAUUUCGUCGUAGAUUUUAUUGCUUGGAAAUUGUGGCUUAACGGUGCAUU